AAUACCUCAACAUAUCUCCUUUCGAACCGCUUACCGUCGGUUAUUACGAACGCUUCGGCACGACGGGAGGAUAGCGACGACUACGAGAGCCUACUGGAAGGCUUCAAGUGCAUGAGUAUUACUUCGAAGCAUUUCCGCUUCAUGGGCCGAUCGAGCGACUUUCCUCUCAUGAAAGCUGCGAUAGACAUGAAAAAGGACCUGCUUGGCAAGAAUGACGGCGAUGGCGUGCUGAUUCUCGAACCGUUUCCAGCAUCAUCAUUCCGGCGGCCUGAAUUUUGGAGAUGCGUUACGGAUUUGGUUUUGCCGGACCCUCCAUACGUUGAUUUCCCGGAGCCCUCGCUAAUGGACGAGCUCCUUGAUGGCUACUUCCAGAACGCGCACCUCACCUUUCCUCUGUUGCACCGACCAACGUUCCUGCAGAACGUUGCCUCCGGGUUGCAUCUUUUUGACGAAGGCUUCGGCGCGACGGUGCUCCUCGUCUGUGCUGUCAGCGCGCGCUUCUCUGAAAAUCCCGCCGUACUCCCACCAGGCACGACAGAUUGGCAGUGGGCAGGUUGGCAAUGGUUCCAGCAGGUACAAAGCGCGCGCAAGCUUAUUCCACUCGCGGCGGCAACGCUGUAUGAUCUGCAGGUCGCUGUGCUUGCUGCGGCAUACAUCGGCACAUCAUCAAUACCAUACCCAAGCUAUGCCGUCGUCGGGCAUGGCCUCCGAAUUGCCCAGGACUUAGGAGCGCACAGACGGAUGGCGUAUGGCCCGGUGCCUACGGUUGACGGCGAAUUAAGAAAGCGCGCAUUUUGGUGCCUGGUUACGAUGGAUAGAGGCAUGUGUUCCAAUCUAGGAAGGCCAUGUAGUAUCCACGAUGAGGACUUUGACCUUGACUAUGCCAUCGAAUGCGACGACGAGUAUUGGGUGGCAGAUGAUCCACAAGAUUCAUUUAAGCAGCCUCCUGGGAAGCCUUCCACCGUCGCAUUCUUCAAUUGUGUCAUCAGGCUUGCGCAAAUACACGCACGUGCCUUACGCACCAUUUAUUCCCUACAAGGCUCCAAGAUUCUCUCAGAUCUUGAAUCCGCCCAACAGAUGGUCGCGGAGCUGGAUUCAGAGCUGAACAAAUGGGUGGACUCAAUCCCUGACCAGCUGAAAUAUGAUCCCGACAGAGAGAAUGCCGUCUUCGCGACCCAAUCCACCUCGCUCUACGCGUCGUACUACAACCUACGCAUCUUCAUCCACCGGCCGUUUAUUACGAUGCCAAACAAGUCUGAGCCGCUGCCCUUCCCUUCGCUUACGAUAUGCACGCAUGCCGCGCGGUCAUGCAUUCAGGUCCUCGACCGACAUUCCAUCCGCUUUGGCUCAACGCGUAUCCACCAGCACCACCAGCUGUCAUUAUUCACGUCUAGCAUCGUAUUGCUUCUGCACAAUUACAGCAGGACGCGUGCAGGCCAGGCUACUGCCGGUGAUGUCGCCAAAGAGCUCGAGUAUAUUCACAAGGCGCUACGCAUAUUCAAAUCUCUGGAGGGGCGCUGGAAUGCCGCUGGCCGAUUCUGGGAUGUCCUCUAUGACCUCUUGGUCGCCGUCGACCCUAAACAGCGCAAGCACGACGAUAAUACGAUACUCGAAGACAUUACCCAUCCAACUCUACCAGCGCACGCCCAGCAGCCGCCAAUACAGCCUGCAGCAUUGAAACUAGCAGAGACUGCAGCAAUCCCCACAGGUGAAUUCCCUGGAGGGAACUUCGACUUCGCCAUGCCUCCGCGCAAUUUAGACAGCCUGUCCAAUGGCGAAACUCUCGGCGCAGACAGCUUCUGGAAGGAACUUGGCGCCGCGCAAUCACCAGAAGGCGGUGCACAGCCUCUGUUCGAACCGUCGCCCCCCUUCAACAGCACCGCAUUUGCGCCAGAUCCAGAACUCGAGGCGAUCUUCGCAAGCCUUUUGCCGGCGUCGUCGUACGAGGACCCACUUGCUGCCAUCAUGCCGCAGGGUUUCGCGUCGAGCCAGUCGUUCGACAGUACCUCAGCUGCGGGCGCGGUCUCUGCGCAGCCAGGGGUCCCUCUGCCGAGCUCCACGGGGCCGUCGAACCUUGGCAGACAAUCGAGGCGCAAUGACUACUCGCAAUUUGGGGAAGCUUUCCCAACUAUGUGGGGCGUCGGUCCCGAUGGCCCGCCCUGAGUAUUGGUGGACCGUCUGUGAAAAGAUGGAACAGCUCAUAGUUCAUUGCUUAUCGCUCAGGAUAAGGAGACACAGAGCUGAGGACAAGCGCGCUCCUGUCCAUACCAUAGUUACUAGUUUACUCGUACAGCGUCUUCGGAUACUUACUCGGACGAGCAAGCUCGUUGCUCAAUUGAGCACAACGG